AUGUCUGGUUCACAGAGUCAUUUACCUAGUCUCCAGGGCUUGGGAAUCACUUCCAAUCCAGCAGGUGGCCGGGGUACUGCCAGAAAUGGGAACAGCGACAACCUCCAAAACACUCAUAUGGCCCUCAAUGAGGCAUUAGGCAUUGACGUCAGGUUGAGGACACCGACGCAGCAGACGAAUCCCACCAUGCUACAUCAGCAGUCAAUACAACAACAGAUGCAGCAGACGAAUCCAGCCAUGCUACAUCAACGGCCAAUACAAGACCAGCUGCAGAUACAACAACGGCAGAUGCAACAUCAGCAGAUGCAAUAUCAGCAGAUGCUACGAAACCAACAACAGCAACUGAAGCAGAGUUUGGAAGGUAACCAAGGGUAUUCAAUGGCCAGUCCCCACCUCGAUCCCAAUUCAUUUCCAUUGGAGCCACAAGAUCUACCCAUGGAAGUCGUCAAUCCUACAGGCUACAAUCCUACAGGCUACCGCGUUCGAUCCGGAAUGCCGCACCCUUUUGUUCCCAGAGCGGACCCGGGCGCUGCUGGAGCCAAUGCUGCCGACGACGACGAGAUGGAGGAGCAGCAAGAAGAAGAAAAGAUCUACGAGACUAACACCUUCCACCUCGAGAUCAAAUCCCCACUAAUCAUCACCGGCGAAGGCAACAUGGUCACGAUACACCCCGCGCCGCAAGUGCAAAAUAUCGCCGAAGCCGUCCUCCGAGCUCUCCACUCGGUCACCGAAGGUCAACGUGGUCUCCCCAUGGGCGAUGCAGAAGGAAAUCCUCGUGGGAUUCGCGUUGAUGUCGAUGCUACGGUCACUGUUAGUGGCAAAAAUAAUAUGGUUGGAGAACAGGGGGUACGAGGAUGGAGCUUAAAAAAAGAGGCGGAGGUGCUGCAGUUGCGUGUUGAGUCGCAGAGGCUUGAUGCUCAGGCGAAGGCUGAUCGGGCCGGGGAUGAUGUGCGGUUUGCGACUCAGGGACAAGCUCAGGGACAGCAGGGACAGCAGGGACAGGCGAACGCACAAGGACAAGGCCAAGUGAACGCACAGGGACAGGUACAGGCUAACACACAAGGACAAGCCCGGGCUAACGCACAAGCACAAGCACAGCAAUACACAGCUUCUUUAGCAAGUCCCGCUCCAAAGGAAGGUGCUAAGAGAGCGAGAGGGGUUAGCACGGGACAGAAAGGCGAGGAAGCUAAUAAGAAGAUGAAGACGGAACAGUAG